AAAGCGGUCAUGGCGGCCCCAAACGCUGCAGUGCAGCCGCACUACGUGCAGGUGCUCGACCUUUGUGCCCGGCAGGACGGUGCGCAGAAUUGUGUGCUGUCGGAUGGGGCGCGCUCGAUCGGAGCCGUGCUCGACGCGAGCUGUGUGGCUGCUUUUGAGCAAACCAACGUACUCGAGCGCCUCCAAGGCGCCAUAAUCUUGCCCGGAAAAGAGGACUACCAGAUCAUGGUGAACAACGUCCUCGGCCAGUUCAACAUGCGGGUCUUGGCCUUCCGCUACGAGGGCGCCGAUGAUUCGGGCGUGCUCGGCGCUCCUCGGAGUGUGAUGGAAGCGCCUGCUGUCAGAGACAAGUUUGCCGCCCUGCAGCACGGCUGCGCCCGCCCGCCAGCAGAGGGCAGGGGGGCCGCCAGCAGGGGGGCCGCCUCGCAGCAGGCGCCGCAGGAGGCGCUCGUGCGGCGCGCCCACCCCACGCGCACCUCGCAGCCUCCCUCUGCAGCCUCGUCUGGCGACGGCGGCGGCGGCGAGGCUGGCGCCCUGGCCGACAUGUCUACGGAGGGCGGCGCGGCGACGCAGGCGCCGUUCUCGCAGUCCGUGCUUUGGGGCGUCGGCACGCUGGGCGGCUUCUCUCAGUGGGGCGAGACGCAGCCGCCUCUCGGGACGCAGACGCGGCUUGGCUCGGCGGCGGCGGGGGAGGGGAGCCACAUGGCAGGGGAGGGGAGCCACCCCUCGCAGGAGAGCUACGAUUCUGGGGGCGGUGGCUCCCCUGCGGCAGGCGACGAGGCUGUAACGCAGUGGCAGCCGAACGAGCACGCGGCUGCCGGCCGCUCUGGAAGCAGCGCGGGAGCGAACCCGUCGCACCCAGACGCUGCGGCGGCCUCCCAGGGCGCGAGCGGGUCGAUCAUGCCGCCCGCGCGAGCGGAGUCGCAGCAGCAGACACCGUUCCAUUUGCCUUCGAGCAGCGGGGCGGCGGAGGAGCGGGAGAGCUCCGACCAGACGCGAUUGCAGCGACGACGUGGAGGCGGCGAGCGGCGCGAGCGCCGACCCGCUGCGUCUCGCGAAUCUCGAUGUGCUCGAAGUCGUGCGAGAAUUCCUCCGAUAAGGGGCCGCGCUGCCGGCGCCGAGCGUCACCUGCCUAGCCACGUCUCUUCCUCUAACGAGAGGAGACGCUCGGCGUCCGGGUAGCCGUCGUACUCGACCGCAUCCACACGAACCCUCCUCUGCGAACCCAGGAUCUCGACGUGCGUGCCUUUCUCGACGACAGCGUGCCCGGCCAGCCUCGCCGUCGCGUCCAAGCGCAGCCGCUCCACCGCGCCUCCUGCGACUCCGCAGGCUGCCGCAGCACGUAGUGUCGGCUGUACUCAGCCACGCCCGCGAGGACGUCAGCCGCUCACUGUCUACAUUCGCCUCCCUGGCCCAUGGAUGCAGCCGAGAUGCAAAAUCCCAAGCCUCCGUUGGUUCCCCCCUUGGACGCGUCCCUCCCCUGUCCAAUCUUCUGCAUUCCUCUUUUACAUACAUAAAAU